AUGACAUCAUUCCAUCUUCAAGAACACCCUCUUUGGUGGAAUGGACGACAAUGGAUUUCAAAUCCUAAGAAUUGGCCACGUCAGCCAACUCUGGAUGAUAGUCAAUGCCAACAGGAAGCAAGACCUUGCACAACACUCAUCGCUACUACCUUUAAGCUACAAUACGCCUGGAAAUUAAUCUAUAAGCAUUUAAAACUUGAAAAAAUAAUAAGAAUUACAGCUGUCUGCAUCUCAUUUAUAGAGCGACUGAGGAAGGCUCGGCUAACAUUAGCCUAUCUCCAAACGAACAUUAAGGCCCGUGAAGUGACAAGAAUUUACUGGAUAAAGGAAACUCAAGCAGCGUACUUUCAGCACGAGUUAAAAAUAAUGCUAAACAGCAAUCAAUUGCCAAAACCACAUUCACUCAGUCGACUGACAGCAUAUGUCGAUAUUCAAGGAGUAAUUAGAGUCGGCGGGAGACUCAAAAAGGCAUCAAUUAAGCAAGAUCAAAUGCACCCUGUCAUUCUCCCACGAUCUUCUCAUCUCACGACCCUUAUCAUCGAUGAUGCGCACCAACGAACCCUCCAUGGAGGCACACAGAUCACGUUGGCCUACAUUCGACAGCAAUACUGGGUCAUUGGUGGAAGACAUCCAGUAAGGUCACACAUCUUACAUUGUGCUAUCUACGCACUACAAAGAGGAAUUCGUGCAAAACAAAUAAUGGUACAGCUACCAAUCUCAAGAGUAACUGCAUCAAGGCCAUUCACUAACACUGCCGUGGAUUAUGCUGGACCAGUAACUAUGAAAAUAAAAAGGGGGCGAGGAGCGAAAACCUACAAGGCCUGGAUCUGUCACUUCGUAUGCUUUGCUACAUCAGCUGUUCAUUUAGAGGUAGACUCCGAUUAUACUACUGACGGUUUCAUUUCAGUAUAUAGGAGGUUCGUCGCACGCAGAGGAAUUUCCAAAACAAUAUAUUCAGAUUGCGGUACCACCUUUGUCAGAGCAGACACCGCCCUGAAGAAACAAUUCAUACAAGGUACUCACGAUCAAAAACGAAUCAACAGUAUUAUGGCGCAAGACAACACUCAUUGGGAAUUCAAUCCAUCCGCGACACCUCACAUAGGUGGCAAAUGGGAAGCAGCGGUAAAAUCAAUAAAACACCACCUGCGACGCACCCUUAGAGAAACCUUGCUCACCUUCGAAAAGCUUAUUACGCUGCUUGCACAAAUCGAAGCCAUUCUUAAUUCUAGACCCUUAGAAUCAUUAAGUGACGAUCCAGAAGAUACUACCACACUCACCCCUGGGCACUUUCUAACAGGAGGCACAGCACCAUCCACGGAAUGA